CAACAGGAUGAAAUCGCUGGCAGUCAUCAGUCUCCGGUGUAGUGUUUUCAUAGUCGGUUGUGUCCCGUACAAAGGAAGAUUGGGACAAUUUUUCAGUCAGUUUUCAAGUGAAAAAAGUAAUUGUGAAAACUUCUUUACUGCUGCCGGAUUUAUGAAUUGUUAGUGCAAAAGAGGGUAGCAACAUCUACGAGGCAAAUUAAUUUUGCUACUUGGUGCUGAUGCUUAAUAUUAUUUGCUGCAGUAGUAAAACGAGUAGAACAUAUUUAUAGAUCAACAAUACUGGUGCUUCAAGCAGCAAAAAUACAUUGAUUGUUAAGAAAAGUGUUUUCAUUGUGCUUAAAAAUGGAUUGUGAUAGUGCUCAAUCCUUCUGUGAGUUUAAACAACAAGUGUCAAUCGUACCUCAAUUCGGCCUGAAACUUAAAUUCAAUCAUGUAUACCCCGAAACAAGAAAUCAAAAUCUGAAACCAUCAUUUCGACAAAUGUGGCCUAUACUCCCGAUGGCCCUAAGGUACAUCCCGUACUACUGGAAGGUAUCACGCGAGGGCCGCCAGGUGCUGAUGGAUUACUGGUACACGGAGACCGGGAAGCAGAUUUACGGAGCCCCGCUCGGUGGUAUUGGCGCCGGCACGAUUGGACGCGGUUUUGCCGGCGAGUUUUGCCGGUUUCAACUGAAGCCGGGUCUGUAUGAGUAUAACACGGUGCACGCGAAUCAAUUCAUCGUCACCAUUAAGGACGAAAACAACGUGACCAUUUUUCAGAGUUUGCUUUCAUCGUACAGUCGGCCUAAAACGCCUCUCGGCAGUUGGGAGAGCAACAUAAACCCAUCGAAAUGUAACUAUACGGCACUAUACCCUCGAGCAUGGUCCGAGUACGAUCUUAGCGAGCACGGCAUAAAGCUGACCCAACGACAAAUCUCACCGAUAAUACCCCAUGACUACAAGGAAAGCUCUCUACCGGCUGCCGUUUUCGUUUGGACUGUUGAAAAUAUCUGUGGAAAAGAUCGGCAGGUUACGAUCACAUUUACAUUCAAAAAUGGUACCGGCAAUCGGAAGCAGGAUGCCGAGGGUAACUGCGAGACGACUCCUUUCGUCCACGGGUCAGCCAAGGGUAUCAGUAUUAAGCAGUCCAUCGCGGAUAUGCAAUGUACCUAUUGUGUCAGUUGCAAGACCUCAUCGGAAAUAAACAUGACCAGAUGCGAAAAGUUCGAUCCGACAGGGAACGGUGAAAAACUGUGGAACGAUCUGAAAGAGAAUGGGCACCUUACGGACAAAUCGGUGGAUGACACCUUAAAAGGUAAAGAUGUAGCCGUUGCAGUAAGCGCGCAGAUUUUAGUACAAUCAGAGAGCAGCUCCGAGCUGAAUUUUUCCCUAGUCUGGGAUAUGCCAAAGAUUCAUUUUACCAAAAAGUUGAAAGAGCACUACAAAUAUUAUACCAAAUAUUUUGGAAGGGAAGGUGAUGCCGGUCCUUCAAUGUCGGACUAUGCCUUGCAAAACUUUACAAAAUGGGAGAAGCUUAUCAACGAAUGGCAGAGGCCUAUUCUAGACGAUAGUGAUUUACCGGAUUGGUAUAAGAGUGCCAUAUUUAACGAACUGUACUUUAUCGCUGACGGGGGUAGUGUUUGGCUGACCAUAGAUGAUUCCAACAUACCGUAUGAUGAUCCCAGAUUGGCCUAUGGACGAUUUGCCUAUUUGGAAGGCCACGAGUACCGCAUGUACAACACGUACGAUGUCCAUUUCUAUGCAUCGCAUGCACUGGCUAGUCUGUGGCCCAAUCUCCAAGUUAGCCUUCAAUAUGAUUACAAAGAUACGAUAUACCGGGAGAUAACGGAAGGACGGAAAAACUUGUACGAUGGAAAGAUUUUGCCGAGAAAGAUCAAAAAUUCGGUACCGCAUGAUUUGGGUGAUCCAGAUGAAGAACCAUUCGAAUGGAUCAAUGCUUACCCAAUCCAUGACGUAUCAGAGUGGAAGGAUCUCAACACCAAGUUCAUUCUGCAAGUGUACCGCGAUUACCAUACGCUCAAUCAGUACGCGCAGCUCAACGCGGAAAAUGCGAGCAAAUUCAGCUCGAUUGAGUUCAUAGACAAGGAAAGUAUGUAUGAAAUGUAUGUUCAAGACAAUCGGAAUAAAGUUUUACCGGAAGAAAAAGCUCAAAACCGCAAAUCGGCCUCGAUGUACAUAAACGAGACAAACGGGAAAGUCUACUUGAUGGAUGCGAUGACUUACCUUAAGAGUAUGUACCCUGCCUGUAAGUUGGUGCUGGAGAAAACCCUUGAAUGGGACAAAGACAACGAUGGAUUGAUUGAGAAUAGCAAAACUCCGGACCAGACCUACGACACAUGGGUUAUGGAUGGACCAAGCGCUUACUGUGGUGGACUUUGGCUUGCUAGUUUGCACUGCAUGUCCGUGAUGGCCAAUCUUCUCGAUCAGUCAGACGAUUGUAUCAAGUUUCGAGAGAUUUUGGAGAAAGGAAAGGUGUCGUUCGAGGAGAAACUGUGGAACGGAUCCUACUAUAAAUUCGACGGUCAGAGUGCUUCGAAAAAUUCGAUCAUGUCGGAUCAGUUGUGCGGCCACUGGUACUUGCGAUGCUGUGGCUUCAAUUACGAUAUUGUACCAAAGGAGAACGUGCGGAUCGCCCUGAAAACUAUUUACGAUAACAAUGUGAUGCGUUUCUGCGGCGGAACAAUGGGAGCCGUGAAUGGAUACAUUCCCAGUAGUCAACCUAAUAAAGAUGGUCGAGCGGACAUAUCGACAGUUCAAGGAGAGGAAGUGUGGACCGGGGUCACUUAUGCACUGGCAUCGACAAUGAUCCACGAAGGAAUGUUCACCGAAGCAUUUCAAACGGCUGGCGGACUGUACCAAACUAUUUCCGAAAAGAUUGGUAUGAAUUUUGAGACACCGGAAGCACUGUACGCCGAGCGACAUUAUCGUGCUAUUGGGUACAUGCGUCCACUUAGUAUUUGGUCAAUGCAAACUGCCUGGGAGCAGAAGAAGCAAAAUAGAGAUUAAGGCUAUUGUUCUGUUGAUGUUUUUACUGUGCAAUAGUAACGUGAGCAAACAGUUGGAUCAGCGUUUUUCUUUCUGAUUAGGAAAGUAUUAUUGUAGUAGUAUUAUGUAUAGUUACUUUUGAAUUAAUUGACUCACUUGUAAAACUUACGAUAUUUAUUAAUCAAGUCAAAUAAUUCCAGCAAAUAUAAAUGAUUUUUUUAAACAUAUCACUACAUUAUAAAGCAAUUGCAAUGUUGGAUAAUGUGUGCCGCUUUAAAACGAAUUCAAAAAGUGUAUUACUAAAAGAAUUAGUUCACAUGGGAACAAGUUAUAGUUUUUGAAUCAACCAUUGGUGCUACCUAGAAAAGGAGUUAUUUUUUGUUUCACACUUAUCCAGCUUUAGCACGCCAUAAUGGUGAUUAAUUAGAUCAUAUUCGUUAUAUUUACGCAGUCGUUUUGAUAAUAGUUAUUAACAAUUUAACAUCAAAUUAAAAUCAAAUCCCAUUAGAAAUGAUGAACAUUCAUUAAGCAAACGCCCAAUGCAUUAAACCAAUGCAGGAUGACAUUCUAUUACUGGGUGACUGGAGUAAACGAUUAUUGUUGAAAUAAUAGUAUGAUUACAGUAUGAAGAGGACGAUAUUGGCCACCAUUAUGGCAUGUAAAAAGCUGAAUACUAAACGAAGUAAUAAACGAACAGAAUUGAAGGAAUGCAAUCGUACCCUGUACCAUAAAGAAAAUUUAUGCCAGAGACCACAAAGUUUUUGAUUUUCAAACAAAUUUUCUGUGACGUUUAAAACGCUAUCUGGGGCCCCAUUCUCACAGUCACGUCACUUAGUGACUAGAAGGAAAUUUUCUUUGUCACUAAGUGUCAUGACUGUGAGAAUAGGCCCCCUGGUGACGAAUGGGUGUGCAAAUGCGCCCACAAUAAAGCAAGCAACAAUCUCUGCGCAUUUCACCCAACCAUCCUAUUACUUAGUACCAUCCUGGUACUGGAACAAACCUAGUGUUGAUAAAAUAAUAUCAUGGUGAAAUAUUUCAAAUGACUAAACAAGACACUUUAUUUAGUUUAUUAUACUUUUUUGUAACAAUGUACAAUAAAUUACAUGGAAGAGUAUUAUAACGUGUAGUAAGCCACGAAACAGAAAAUUUUCAAUCCACUCCACAUUGAUUUAUUGUGUAACUUGGUUAAAGUCAUUCAAAGCUACAGCAAAAACUGUGGAUGCCAGGAACAAAGAAGUAGGUAUCAUUUUAUGCAAAAAGUUACCAAAAGUGAAGCAAAGCGAAAUUGAUUCUGGCAGAGUUUCAGUCUGCAGUUUGCGCGAUUUGUGCGAGAAUUCUGGCAAGGAAUUCGCUCAAAUGCAACAACCGUUUCUGACAGAAGCGGUUACCGAUGCGGCUCACUUUUAGCAAGAAUCCAGCCAGGAAUGUACGGCCAGGAUUUCUGUACGCUACCUGCCACAUCUUUAUCGGAUGUUUUAUUCGAUUCGUGCUAAAUUCUACCAGGUAGGAAAUGCCACGAUCUUUGCACGGUUUAUUUCCGUGUUAUACUAGGGGUUUGCUCGGUUCAUGUCAAAACUUGCCAGAAAACGCGAGCGAAACUGAGUUCGCCGUAGUUCAACUAAUCCGACAGAAUGCGCGCAGAAAUCUGACAAGGCAGCCAAACCAAAAAUCUAGCAGAACGAUCUCUGCCAGAAAAUUUAGUGACUGCCCUCUAAGAACGGUUGGUUUCAAAAUCGUCCAAUGAAGGACGUUCGUUGGACCAAUUAGGACAACGUCCAAAUAACCGUUCAACAAACGUCCAUCGUUGGACCCGUGUUGAACGAUUUUGAAACGAUUUUUUGGACGUCUCAGUGGGUGGGUUGCAGCCCACUAUUUUUCCCGUCGGAAACAAUUUGUGUUGAAUAUUGUUCUCGGAUGGAUUUCUGUGUGGUGAGUUUUAAAAUCCCGUGAUGUUUCCCGCGGUUGGGUUUACACUUCAGGAAAACUGUCAUUUUUGUGUCGACUUAUUUCCCGUCACGGAAUUUGAAAUCUCGAGCUCAAUUUAAAAUACGCAAAGACCCAAAUACCGUGACACGUUUUCCGAACUGUAAACUAGCCUUAAAGGCAGAACUUAAAAAAAAAUUCGUAUUUAAACUAUGAAUACGCCUUAAUUCGUCAAGCAUAGUAUGCGCUGUAGAAAAAAAAAUUGCAACUAAAUUACCAUAAAUUUGUCAAGUACUUUUUUUUAAAUAUUGGCUGUACUGUACGUACUUUAUAGCACCUAAUGGUACUUAAAGUACCUAAUUAAUGAAGACUUUUGCACGUAAGGCCCGUGUCCAGCCUUUAACGUACCAUAAUGACGGUCAUUUUCAUCUCAUUUAUAAUUUUCAACCAGUCCCUAUUCUGACAAUAGUCGUUUAUGCCAAUAUGACAGCUACCUCCAGUUAGGAAUGUUUAGCGUUCUAACGUUCAGCGCAUUGAACAUACCGGGCAUUUGGUGUAAUCAACUAUUUGCCUUAGCAUAUUACGAACAGGGCAAUGUUGGUCGCCAUUAUGGCACGUAAAAAGCUGGAUAGCAAUUGCUGACCAAUCGUAGCGCCAGCUAAUGGCAAGUUGCUUCUUGCUGACGGCAUUUCAAAACGACAGUUUUAAUUUUUACACGCAAAUAAAACUUUACAUGGUUGUCAGUUCUCAGUAUCGUUAGUAUUAGUUAGAAAAAGUCUAGAAAGAGACUUGUGAAGAGAGAAAAAGCAUUUUUGGCAACGUAUGUCCUACAGACACUUUAUACACAGACUUGCGGAGACAAAAACAGUAAAACUAACAACCAGCGGUGCCAGAUUUACAGACACGUCUGUAUUUUACAGACUACUGACUACAGUCGUGAUUCACUGGUUGGGCCACAGCCUUGUCCAACUAACGAAUUUUAUUCGCUAAUUGGACCGACUAACAAAUGACAAAAACUCUCCAAAAGAGAUGUUAGCAGUGUAAAUGCAUCUGUUCAUAUCUCUAAAUAUUGUCAGAUUGAUUGUCAAAGUAAAUUUGACACGAGAUUUUGACGUUCAGAUGCUUUUUAGUUAGACAAUAGUCCAACUAGCGGAGGUCCAGCUAAAAAGCGGUCCAGUUGAAAAGUGUCCAACCAGCAAAUCACGACUGUAUUACUUACAGACAUGCCGCCGCAUCCGGACAUCUAAAUACUUUUAAAACAGUAACUGUCAACUGUCGCAACUGUCAAAAAAGUGAGCGUAUACAUUUUCAUGCAUUGUUCUAUAUGACAAACUAUUCUUAAAUCUACUUGUGUAGGGUACAGUUAAAAAUCUGAUCAUACUACAGUCGUGAUUCGCUGGUUGGACACUUUUUAACUGGACCGCUUUUUAAUUGGACCUCCGCUAGUUGGACCAUUGUCCAACUACAAAGCAUCUGAACGUCAAAAUCUCAUGUCAAAUUUACAUUGACAAUCAAUCUGACAAUAUUUAGAGAUGUGAAUCUUCUUUGGAGAAUUUUUGACAUUUAUCAGUCGAUUCAACUAGCGAAUCAAAUUCGUUAGUUGGACAAGGCUGUGGCCCAACCUGCGAAUCACGACUGUAUUACCGGUUAUUUUUAAAACAUAGUCUUGUAAUUAAGUUGAUUCUUCCCUGGAGCGCACAUCAUCGGUAAUGUAGUACUUAUGCUGAAUACUUUGUUUUUACCGCAUUUCAAAAUGAAUUAGCAUAUGUAUAAAUAAUUUAAGAUUUGGGCAUGUUCAGGAGCGUUUUAUUUUGUAUAGGAGUUUCAAAGUAGAACUGAAACUGAAACCUUCACAUCCCCAGCAGAGCGUUUUGUUUUAUAAUUUCGAACAGUUUUGUUUUAAAAUUUAAAACUGAUUUUACUGAUUUUAAAACACGUUUGGAACUGCUUUUUAAAUAUUCUGGGUGCAGUUGAAAAUCGAAAUAGUCAACUUGCGCCUUUCGGUUUUUCUCCUAUUUUCACCGUACGCAAGUAAAGCGCAACUGGUGUAGAUGAUGCGCAACAUGAUUCUCUAACAUGUACACAAGAUGCGCAUUAGUUGCCCACUUUGCAAAUAAGGAAAAGGCGAAAGGCACAACUUCAAUAUUUCGAAUUUCAACUACAUGAAAAGUAUUCAGCACAGACAGACCAGACUUGGGGAAAAUAAAUUUGAAUACAGCAAUGCUCAAGGCAUGGCGAGACAUGAAUUUUAAACUGAAUAGAACAUCCGCUAAAACUGCUGCUGGGGACAGCAAGUUCUAGUUUUAAAAUUUUCAGUUUUAUAUUAAAGAACUGUCAAAAUUUUGAAUCUAGAUCUGAAACUCUCCUGAACAUGCCCCUAUAUUACCAAAAAUUAUAAGAAUAUCUCAAAUCCAUACUAGCUCGUUAACGUGAAAUAUACAAAUAAAUGAAGGCACAAUAACUCGAAACUAACUGUUUGCAGCUAGAGAAUAAAGAAAGCAUUAAUAGAAAAUCUUAAUAAUUUGCUAGUCAAAAGAUGCAAAAUCAAAAGAUUUUAAUAAUAAAAUUACAUUCAGAAUAUAGGUAGUUUCGAAAGCAUGAAUUUAUUGCACUUCUUUGAGUGAGGGUAAAACUCUACUACACAUAACGACAUACUUGAAAGGUUUCGUGAAAAAUCAACAACAAAAAUAGUAACAAAGACCUGAGCUUUAAAUAAAGCACGCUGUGAAUUACAACUUAGCUAAAAGCAUUGCUUUCUGAAUCCAGCAGCGGAUAUUGUUCUAGCCCUAUAUUCUCAUUAAUCAUGUGCGAAACUCGACGCAAUAAAAAGAAACUGAACGUGGUGUUAUUGUAUGACUGUGCUCACUUCACAAAGAUUGCUAUUUAAUAAAUGCUAUAUGUUGUACUGUAGAUUCUAGACAUUGCGGUUUUCGAAAAUUAUUCUGAAAUGCAAAUGAAGGCAGACAAUCACAAAAUGACUCAGAAUGACAUUCCGAAAUUUCCAAAAUAGAGGCUUAAUAUGUACCCAAGCAUUAAAUCUAAAAUCGUAGUGUUCUUUGCUUUGAAGGGUGCGUCAGAAAACCAGGAAUAAGUG